AUGUGUGCAUUAUUGGCGGUGCCGGAAACGUGCCAGUGGCACUCGCGCCCUCACAUAGCGGAGGACAUCGUCAGUGCGAUCUUGAAGACCCGAGCCAGCGCACACAACCCCGGCGUGUAUUGGUCGCGCGAAGAGCAGGAAAGACAGCUAGAGGAGGCCUUCCAGAAGUGGGCCGCGCGUGGGGUUUGGAACCUCGCGGCUGCCAAGACGCACAAGGAACAAAUGAAACACGUGAAGAAAGGCUGCUUAACGCGUCCGCGAAGCGAUGUUCGAUCGGACGGCAGCCGCGUCGAAGGAACACAUAAAGCAUGGAAUAGCCUUCAACGCUCGUUCGCGAGUGGUCUUGAAAUGCUCACCGUCCUCUCCCACGACCUCGUCCUUCGCCGCAAUCAUCGCGUUGAUCUCGACUCGGGCUCGCCCACCGCGUUCGCGCUAUCGACGUACGGUUCCCACCACAUCCGCCUGGUCGACCGCAUCGCAUACCUCUGGAACACCAUCCGGCAGAACACCACACAUGCACAUCUCUUCAUCGGCCUUCAAGAUACACCGCGUUUUCGGACGGUGGACAGUGGAGAGUCAUUUGGUAUUGUCCGCUCGCAGUUUGUAGAGGGCUAUCAGUACCUGGUGGAUGUCAAGGAGGAGGAGCCCGACAACCUUCUGGAUCUGUCUGCUCAGCCCGCCGAUGUAGCACAACAGCCCCUAAGGAGCAUGAAUAUUGACCCUGCCCUCUUAUCGCAGCCUCUUGUCUCGUCUCUCGCCCCAAUCGACGGUUCUGCUUCUACGUUCCCGAGUGUGCGUCAUACACUGGGCAAGGGGAAGGUCUCGGUACGUCACACUCUCGCGACCAUUAUUUGUACACGGCUUGGAACAGCGAGGUCGUGGCGGAGACACACUCCAGCAGACUCGAAACAGGGUACCCUGACCAGCUCCACUUACGCGUUACUGAAGGUCGAGAUCACGGGCCUCACCCCUUCGCAGCAAGUCUUCUCCAUCUCAACGGGUCUCAAUCCGCUUUCGAUGGUCAUCCCCGGGGGGGACGAGUUCUUCUUGUUCAUGAACCUCCGGGCAGAGCAUCAGUGGGCGUCCCAUAGCAUGACGCCGCGGAAGUGGGUCGAGGCGGCUGAAAUCUACAAUACGGAGCUCGAGAAGACCAAACACCGCCUCGGGUACUACGGUUGGACAGUAAAGAAGACACCGCGUGCUCUGAUGGAUAAGCUAGGGGAGAUAGAAUCAAUGGUUCUGCGCCGCCUGUCCGCUGGUGACUACAAGUGUAAGUUAUCGAUUUUCAUGUUUGUGCAUGUCAGCGCAUUAUCUAAUGCUUCUGUCACAGCGAAGGAGUCUCGCUCAGAGGACUUCUGGAAGAAGCACUGCCAUGCAGUGCCGCUGUUCAAAGGUGGCAGCGAUGACAUGCGCAAGGUAAGCCAUGUCGCACAUCUUUGGACGUGCGUCUCUAACAGAGUGUAUUGGUCACAUAGCGCAAGCUCAAUACGUGCUCGCGCUGCAAGUUCAUCAUGUGGCCUGGUCCGCGUGGUGCGGCACAGAACCAUAAACGUUCCUUCUGCUCCGACGGUGUACGCAUGA